GCUGUAGUGCCACCCAUGGCAUCUCCUCAUCCAGCGGGCAGCAGUAGUAUAUCGAAGGAACGAAAUGGCGCUACGGUGGAAGACGAUGACUAUAUCUACGACGACGAGGACGAACCGUCCAAAGAAAACGGGGACAAUGAGAUCAACUAUAUGAGGCCCAACUCGAAGCUUCAACUGCUGACCAAAAAUCAUACGCUCGAGGCGGAUGUGGGCCAAAUGGUCGUACUGCCCUGUCAUUUGCAGAAUGUAGAGGAGAACACAAUUGUGAUGUGGCACAACACAUCGAAUCUGCUGUUCAUGAAAAACAACACUUACACCAAUGACCCCCGGUUGACGUUCGCACAGAACUACUCCCUGCUGAUCAAAAACGUGCAAAUUAGCGACGAUUCGAUUUACAAGUGCACCGUACUGCCAAUCCAAGCGUCCGCCUUCAUCACACUGAAAGUCAAAAGCCAACCACACAGCGUCCGGAUUACCCACGGAAACGCUGACUACACCAACCGAGAUCUGGAGAUCCAGCAACGCGAUCGCAAGUUCAUUAUCCACUGCCGAGCACUGGGAUACCCAACGCCAUCCGUUACCUGGUCGUUCCGAGGCAAACAUUUGGACGACAACUAUGCGAAGCACACGGGAAUCAACAUUCGCAAGGAGUUCCUCGAGAUUCACGAUGUCAAGGCUCAUCACGCGGGAGAUUAUGAAUGUUUGGCCCAGAAUGGUAUCGGAGAGCCCGUGAGUGCCGUCGUGAAUGUGCAGAUCAAGUCCAAUGCAACGAAGAUCGGAUUAAAUGAAGACGCUAGCACUACCCCGGUUCCAGAGGACAUAGAAGCAAGCCCCUCAGUUGUCAAACACGUGGAUUAUCUCAACACGGCUAUCGGUGAGAACGCCGAGCUGAUGUGUCUGUACCACAGUAAUCCGGAAGCGCGCAAGGUUCAGUGGUUCCGAGGAGAGGAACAACUGCGCAACAGCGCCAAGUUUGCCAUCGUUGAAGACCGCCACAAUCACCAUCAACGCACCAGACUGACGGUUAGGAACAUCGAACAGCGCGAUCUGGAGGCGUACUUCUGCAAGGUCGAGAACGCUUUGGGUGAAUCCACGGCAAAGACAAUACUGGGUCUGCUUCCAGGAUCUGCUCAUCUGAUUCACUCGAACUACUCGGAUGGACUGCUCCAUACCGUGUGGAGGGUGCGAAGUGCUCAACCUCUGUCCGAUCUACAGAUUUUGUACAAGGGCGAAAACACCAAGUAUACAGUAAUUGAUGCCACCAUUUCCGAACAAAAUAAGGAAGAAUCCGGAGAUGUCUGGAACAUCAAACGCUCGAUCCGGCUGCCGGAAGGUGAAUGGUUCAUAACUGCCCGUGCCAAAAAUACCGAAGGCUGGUCCUACUCGGAAACCGUUCCGAUCCACUUUCAAAUCCCCAGUGAAGUUUCGCUGGAAACGCAGAGUCUCAGCGGAAGUGGCUCCAGCCGCCUCCACUCGCUAAGCUUAGGUUUCUGCUUGCUGCUAUUCUCGCUAGUUUGCAGGCUGUUGUAAGGAGCGUGAGUGUGCGCACUAAUUUAAUUAAUUGUAGCUUCACCACUUUUUGAACGAAUGCAUAUGUUUUGAAAGUAUUUAUUGAACGACUUAUCCGAAAGUUGUGAGGCUAGCAUUUUAUUGGGGGGAAAAUGCAAAUUUAGUUUAGCGGUAUGGUUAAAUCAGUAACAACAGGAAGAUGCCUUGUAAUGUUUCACCAAAAAAUAUGUAGAAACUGAACGUAUUAUUAUAAAUAUUACACUUUAUCCGGUUUGAAAUCUCCUAAACUUUCACCGGAAUACAAAAUUACGGAUCGAACAUGAAUUGAACAGAGAUUGAAGAAGUGGUAACUCGUCAGCACAGAAAGAACCAAAUAAAACGCUUAAUGUAUAAUUUUAUGUUGAAAUUUCUGUUAUUAUUUACCGUAGUAUUUAGUAGAGAUUUUCUCAAAUUCCAUCUCCUUACUGUUUUCCUAUUUUGCUUUUCGUUAAAUUGUCUAUUUUAUAAUACAUUACUGUUUCCCUAUCGAAUUCGAUUUCUCUAAACGAUUUCUAAACAUUGCUUUUAACACAUCUCACUGUAAAUUAAUCCAUUGUUUAAGCUGUAUCCAUAUAGUUUCGAUGAACAAUUUCCAUCAUUGUGUAUAAUAAUAUAUAAAACUUCUAGAAUAUGUUAUCAUAUAAUUCGUAUUAAGUAGUAGCUCCCCCGGAAUCACCGGGGAGAAUCGAUAGAGAAUACUUAAAUAAUGUAAUCGGGCCCUUAUCAACAGACAAUGAAUUUCACCUGUAAGAAGUAAUAGUUUUAUGUUAGAGUAGCAAGUAGAGAGAACACACAAGCGAUACAUAACAGCAGAAGAGGCGUUUCGUGAUGGGAGAACGAGAUGUUCGUUCGAAAGUAGGCCAUAUACCCAUGUAAUCAAAAGAUAUCUCUCUUAACACACUUUAUCCAAAAUACGCGAAUCGGUCAGAUCGAUUAUUCAAAAGGUGGAAAACGUAGAAACGAUUAAAAAUUAAAUGGAAGAGAUCUAUUUAACUACAUAUUAGUCAUGUUAGUUUGAAAUGAAAUGAUGGAGUCCAAUCGGAAUCAAAUGACAAACAUGCUACAAAUAAAUGUAGAGAUGUGGACAAA